AUGAACGACCAGCUCUCCAACCCCACCUCCAUCUUCGGCCUCCGUCUCUGGGUGGUGCUCGGCGUCUGUGUCGGCGCCGCCAUCGUCCUCAUCCUCUUCCUCAUCUCCGUCUGGGUCGCCUUUAAGCGUUCCAAAGCCAACCCCGUUUCCAUUCCCGACGUCUCCAAGGAGAUCCAAGAAAUCAGAGUCGACCACGCCCCCACCUCCAACCCAAACCUCCAACCCGACCCUUUUCCAGAACCCGACCCAGCUCCAACCACCGAGGACGAAACCAACCCCCUCGGUUACCCCAGAAUCCAGUUCGAGAUAGGGAAGAACCACCGAAUCUCCUACCCCGAACGUGCCUUGCUUCGCUCAUCUUCCAACGACCCUGCCAGUGCUGAGCAUCGUCUCCUCGAUCAGGUUCCCACUGUCAUUCCCGAAGUUUCUCACUUGGGCUGGGGCCACUGGUACACUCUCCGGGAGCUAGAGGAUUCCACCAACGCCUUCGCCCCUGAGAAUGUUAUUGGCGAAGGAGGUUAUGGAAUUGUUUAUCACGGUAUCUUGAACGACAAUACUCAUGUUGCCAUCAAGAAUUUGCUCAAUAAUAGGGGGCAAGCUGAGAAGGAGUUCAAGGUUGAAGUGGAAGCUAUAGGACGAGUUCGCCACAAGAAUUUAGUGAGGUUGCUUGGUUAUUGUGCUGAAGGAGCUCAUAGAAUGCUCGUUUAUGAGUUUGUGGACAAUGGUAACUUGGAGCAGUGGCUACAUGGGGAUGUUGGCCCUUGCAGUCCUCUAACAUGGGAAAUUCGAAUGAACAUUAUUCUAGGAACGGCUAAAGGGUUAACUUAUCUACAUGAGGGGUUGGAACCCAAAGUUGUUCACCGUGAUAUUAAAUCAAGCAACAUUUUGCUCAGUAAGCAGUGGAACGCAAAGGUUUCAGACUUCGGCCUCGCCAAACUCCUCGGCUCUGACAAUAGUUAUAUUACAACCCGUGUCAUGGGUACUUUUGGAUAUGUUGCUCCUGAAUAUGCAAGUACUGGAAUGUUGAAUGAACGAAGUGAUGUUUAUAGUUUUGGAAUUCUUAUUAUGGAAGUACUUACAGGAAGAAAUCCUGUUGAUUAUAGUCGGCCUCCAGAAGAGGUGAAUCUAGUGGACUGGCUCAAGAAGAUGGUUAGUAACAGAAAUCCAGAGGGGGUUCUGGAUCCCAAGCUUCCUGAGAAACCAACUUCAAGGGCACUGAAACGAGCCCUUCUUGUUGCCUUACGCUGCACUGAUCCAAAUGCACAAAAGCGACCUAAAAUGGGGCAUGUGAUACACAUGCUUGAAGCUGAAGACUCCCCUUACAAAGAGGAUCGCAGAGCUAGAAGGGAUGCGGGACAGUCGCCCAAUGAUAGAGUAGGGGAUGGGUUGAAAGAGGAGGCAGCUGUAUCAUCAGUAGUUGAUGAUCUCAAGCUUGAAAAUGGGAUGAGUGCCGAUGAGACAAGAACUAAUCCUGAAAUGGAAAAGCAAUAA